GACGAAGACGACGACGACGACGAAGAGGAAGAGGAGGAAGAGGAUGAAGAGGAGGAGGUGGUGGAGGAGGAGAGAAUAUCAUACGGGAAGGAAUUGUCGCAUCGCGUGAACGACAUGAGAUCGGUGAUAGACACGUUGAAACGGAUCGCUGAUCUGAAUAAAUCGGAGGUGUCGGAGUGCAAGAACAAAUUGUUGUCGUGCGAGGCGAAAAUGGCCGAGUUGGAAGAGGAGAACGAGAAACUGACGAGGAUGGUCGAGAUAGACUCGAGGAAAUACAACGAGCGGAUCAACGAGCUGACCGAGGAGCUGUUGGUCAAGGAGGAGGACGAUAAUCGCAGUUUGAACAAGUUGGAGAAUUGUUUGAAGAAGUGCGCCUAUCUGGAGAAUCAAUUGGCCGUGCUCCAUCUGGUUCACGAGCGGACGGUGAAAUAUUUCUCGAGGCACGAAGCGGAACACGGGAUGGACGAGUUGGAGAAAGAUAUGGAGGGGAAGAAGAAUUCGAAGGAGGAGGGGGAUGGGGCGCACCACGAUCUGUUCAGGUUGCAACGAUUGCGCGAGAAGAUCGACGAGUUCGAAAUCGUUUUGGAAAAGUGUAAAGAGGAGAGGAACAAUUAUCGCGUGCAGUUGCAGGAACAAUUGGAGACGCAGUCGAUGCUCGAGAUGAAAUUGAAGUGGUUGUCGACGGAAAUUCGAAGCAGGGACGACAAGCUGAUCUCUCUUAAGAUGGAGAUCGACGGUAUGGCGGUGGUGAACGACUCGAACGACGAGAAGGUGAAAAUUUUCCGAUUUCACGGGAUACGCGGGUGA